AUGGUAGAUAUCAGUGAAGGAGUAGCUGGAUUGAAACUCCAUACCAUGCAACUCGCUCGUCGUCCUGGUCCAAUGACAGGAAGUGGUAUUCCCAAGGCACGAGAAACUACCAUCCGUGUCAACUAUCUCAAGGUCAAUAACCUUCCAAAUUUCUCAAUGAUACACUACGAUGUAUCAUUCGAACCUGAAAUCCCACCUGCAUUCAUUCGUCGUGUAUUCCACGCGUUUGAAAGGCAACAUCGCCAAAGUGAAGCUAUGGGUGGCAACUACGUCGUAUUCGAUGGUCGAAAGAAUAUGUACUCCAGGUGUGAUCUUUCAUUCCCUGAUGGAGCCACUGCUCAUACUUUUAUGGUCAAUGAACCUGAAGAUGCCGACGCUGAAGAAAUUCUUCGACGAGGUGGCACCACUAGAGAACGUGCAGUCUUCAAGAUGAAGGUCCGUAAAGUCGCUGUCAUUCCUUUGAAUGUCUUGAAUGGCUUUACACAUGGCCAUAUGCAUGGUUCGACUCCUCAAGAAGCCAUUCAAUGCUUGGAUAUCGUCCUUCGUCACAAACCAUCACUCUUGUAUGUGACUGUUGGUCGAAACUUCUAUACUCGUGCUGGUGCAUCUACUCUUGGAGGUGGGGCUGAAGUCUGGGUUGGAUAUCAUCAAGCUCUUCGUCCUGUCAUUGACAAUCUCAAGAUCAAUGUGGAUGUCACUGCCUCUGCUUUCUAUGAAGCAGGUUCCCUACUCAGGAUGGUUGGAAAAGUCCUCUUCACAGGUGUCAACGAACUCACCCUCGCUGCACACAACCGUGAAAUGAAUGAUCGAGAUCGUCAACGACUUGAGAAGACACUAAAGGGUCUUCGAGUCGAGACAACCCAUCGUGGAUCCAAAAAACGAUUCAAGAUAUCUAAGGUCCACAACCAAAAUGCUGUUCAAUAUACAUUUGAACAAAAUGGUCGUCAAGUCUCUAUCAAAGAAUACUUCAAGACUCAAUACAACGUCGAUAUUCACUUUGAUCUCCUUCCACUGAUAUGGGUCGGUGACCAAAAAAAGGCUUUGAUGCCAAUUGAAGUCUGUGACAUCACUCCUGGUCAACGUCACAUUCGCAAGUUGAACGAACGUCAAACAUCAGAAAUGAUCAAGUUCACGUGCAAACCACCUCACGAGCGUGCAUCAAAGAUUCGUGAAGGUGUCGAGCUCUUCGAAUAUGCAAACAACGAGUACCUCAGACAUUUUGAAUUGGGUGUUGAGGAGGACUUGUUCUUGUCUCGAGCUCGCAUUUUGGAUGCACCUACUAUCCACUUUGGAGGUACGGGUCGUGGUGCUUCUGAAAAGGUCGUCCAAGGAGGAUGGCGUUUCCACGACAAACGCUUCUUGGAUCCUUGCAAAGUCAACUCUUGGGCAGUAUUGGUAUUUGUCAGUGAGUCAACGACUCCUGAAAGUGCGGUCAGAGCCUUCUUGGAUGAACUCUACUCUACUUGUGAAGCCACUGGAAUGACAUUCCAAAACAAGAGACCCUUGAUUGGACAUGUUAAUCCAUCUGGUAAUAUCGAAGACACAAUGAAGAGGGCUUGGAAGGCUGCAGGUGAUCAAGUUCAACAACAACCUCAACUUCUCGUGUGUGUCCUUCCCAAUGUUGGAGUACCCUUGUAUGCCGAGAUCAAACGUGUAUCAGACACAGUGCUUGGUGUUCCAAGUCAAUGUCUCCAAAACAAACACGUCCAAUCCAAGAAACGUCAAUAUUGCCAAAACAUUGCCUUGAAGCUCAACGUAAAGCUUGGAGGCACCAACUUUGUCGUCUCUCGUGAAGAAUUGGGCUGGGCAGUCUCUGAGCCUACUAUCGUCAUUGGAGCUGAUGUCACUGUUGCUGCUCCUCAUGAGAAGGGCAAACCUGCUGUCAUCGCUCUUGUUGGCUCUAUUGAUGCCAAGUUGGGCAAGUUUGCUGCCAAGUUGGCUUGUUUCUACGCUCAUGCUGGAAAGAUCAAGCCAACUCGAGUAAUCUACUAUCGUGAUGGUGUCUCUGAAGGGCAAUUCUCGGAAGUACUUGGACAAGAACUCAACGCUAUUCGUACUGCUUGUACUUCUAUCGAACAAGGAUACCAAAUGAAGAUUACUUAUGUGGUGGUCCAAAAGCGUCACCACACUCGAUUCUUCCCAGUUGAAUCUCGUGAUUCAGACAAGUCUCAAAACUGUCUUCCUGGAACGGUUGUUGACAAAGACAUCGUCCAUCCAACUGAUUUUGAAUUCUAUCUUCAAUCUCAUGCUGGUCUCCAAGGAACUUCUCGUCCUGGUCGAUACACUGUCUUGUUUGAUGAGAACGCUGUUCCUGCUGAACUCAUCCAAAACACUACAAACCAACUUGCAAGUGUAUUUGCACGAGCAAACAAGUCUGUAAGUGUCACUACUCCAGCCUACUAUGCAAACUUGUUGGCAGCCCGUGCCAAAUUCCACUCUCGUACUGGAUUCUUGGAUUCGGAGUCUGUCAUCUCAGCAGGAAGUGGAGGAGGCGAUGGUCAAGCUGUUCACGAGUACGGUGCUGUGAAGCCUGAACUCCUUCCUUGCAUGUGGUUCCUUUGA